CAUAAAUUCAUUUCAAACGGCUUAAGAAUGGUUUCUCCCUGCAGGUGGAGGAGCUGAAGAAGCAAAGCACUGCUAACAGUUCCCUGCUGCCUGGCAUCUCCUCUGUCACUAUGGAAGCUUCCAUGAUCAUGAGCAACAUCCAGCGCAUCAUCCAGGAGAAUGAGAGACUGAAGCAGGAGAUAUUUGAGAAGAGCAGUCGGAUUGAGGAGCAGAAUGAGAAGAUCAGUGAGUUGAUUGAACGCAACCAGAGGUAUGUGGAGCAGAGUAACCUGCUGAUGGAGCAGAGGAACCACUCCCUGCAGACAACAAAUGAGAACACACAGGCAAGAGUGUUGCAUGCAGAGCAGGAGAAGCACAUGCUGCCAGUGGAUCGGGGCUGGGACCAGGCCAAAGUUGCAGAGGAGCUGGCAGCUGCCACUGCCCAGGUUUCCCAGCUGCAGCUGGAGCUCACUGCCCACCAGAAGAAGGAGAUGGACCUGAGGAAGCAGCUCUCCUGUGCUGUGCAGGAUGCAGAGAGACAGGAGGCACAGCUCAACAAGCUGCAGGCACAGGUGGCAGAGCUCCAAGAAGCUUCUCAGGACACUCAGAGCAGGUUCAAGGCUGAGAAGCAGAGCCGCAAACAGCUGGAUAUGAAGAUUGCAGCACUGGAGGAAGAGCUGACAGACCUGAGAGUGGAAAAGGAGACUCUGGAAAGGAAUCUUGCAGAGAGGAAGAAGAAAUCCCUCUCAGAGAGAGCUCAGGCAGAGGAGGAGAUGGAGGAAAUUCGCAGGUCGCACCAGCAGGAGCUGGACAAGCUCCGGCAGCUCCUGAAGAAGGCCCGGACCUCGACUGACCAGGCAGCAGCAGAGCAGCUGUCGGUGAUCCAGGCAGAGCUGGAGUCCCAGUGUGAGGCCAAGUGUGAGCGUGCCCUGGCCUCAGCCAGGGAGCAGCACGCACGGCAGUGCCAGGAGCUGUGUGAGCAGAGGGACUCCCUGCAGCACCAGGUGGCCCAGCUGGAAGAGAAGCUCACGGCUCUCAAACACUCAAAAAAAACAGAGGAGCAAAAGUUGUCUGAGGCUCAGCAGCGUUUUGAGGAGCUGGAGCCUAUCCAAGAGAAGUACUCAGCCCUGCAGGCAGAGGUGGGGGUGCUGAGGGCUCGCUAUGAGGAGCAGAUCCGAGAGCUGCAGAAGGAUCAGGAUGGAUCUUCCCCUGCAGACUACACUGAGCAAGUAAAGAAGAUCAUGAAUGGAGUAUUUCAGUCUCUUCGGGGUGAAUUUGAGCUGGAUGAGAUGUACAGUGGCAGGACAGUGCUGGGGGUUGUCAUGAACACUAUCAAGACUGUGACACUGCAGCUGCUCAACAGGCAGCAGGAGAAGCCAGAGCAUGCCAGUGAAAAUGAGGAAUCUGACACAGGAGCAGCGAGACAGGAGGGAUCACCUGGAGCAAAGACUGAGCACAGAGAGCCCCUGCAGCACAGCCCAGCACAGAGCACUGCACCCCCAGCUGAUCCUGGGGAAGAAACCAGAGGCUGCCUGCAGCCUGAGCAGCAAGGCCAGGCUGCUCCUCACCCUGCUGGGCCCAGAGCUGAGGAGGAGCAGGAGACACAGAGCACAGAAGAAGAGAAGGUUCAGGAGGAGCAUCUCCCUCCUGCAGCUGAUUGCAGCCUGGAUGCUGAGAAGGGGCCUGUGCUUGCAGGACAGCCUGUUCCUGGGCUGGAGCAGAGGCUGGAGGGUGUUCCCAUCGGGCAGGCUGACCCAGAACAGGAUCCCUCUGCAGUGUCCUUGCAGGCAGCAGCUGCAGAGCCUUUUGUCCCAGGAGCCAAGGCAGGAGAGGUGGAUGAGGCAGCGUUGCCAGCACAGCCAGCUGUGGAGCAGAAGGCAGAGGAGGCUGGGGGAGGUUUAGAGCCUCCUCCCUUAAAUGGGGAGGAGGGGAGUGGCACAGAGUCAUGGGAUGGAGCUGGCUCCGAGCAGGAACGUGCUUCAGUGUCCAGCAGAGCAGAGCCAGGCUCAGCUGUCCUGAGAGAAGCUCCAGGAUCACAGGGACUGGGCUCCAGCCCCAGGAACACAGAUUCCAGCCUCUUUGAGGAUGACAACUUCUUUGAAACAGCAUCUCCUAAACCACUGAAGCCUCAAGUUCCCUCUGAAGAGGAGGAUGAGGAGGAAGUGAGCAUGAAGGGGCGUCCCCCUCCCGCGCCGCUCUUCGGUGACGACGAUGACGAUGACCUGGACUGGCUGGGAUGAAGAUGUGGCUGCUGAGCCCUCUCCUCUGGGCAUGGCCUCUUCCCGUGCUCUGAGCCCUUGGUACCUUGGGAAUGAGCAGGGACUUCCCAGCUCCUGUCCUGCAGCUGGAUGGGGGCUGGCAGCAGGGGGCUCUUCCUGCACUCAUGGGUGCUCAGCACUGUCACUCUGAGCUGCCAAACACUCUGGGGUUGGGCUGCGUGCAGGAGCCACCCACUGUCCCCCUCCCCUGAGCCCUGGAUUCAUUAAUCUCAAACUUUUUGCAAAUAGGAACUUGGUGAAGAGCUUCAGCAGAGCAAGUCUGGCAGGACCCUGCAGUGGCAACACCCUGUUAAAAAAUCGGACUAAAAUCUCCUUCCCCAGUGAUGAACUCCUCGGAAUAUUUCUCUUAGUGCCCAGGUGGCUCCCAGGGACCCUGCACCCUCUCCCCACCGUGUCUGAGCCAUGUGCCACUGGAGGUUCCCCCAGGAGUCCCAGUCAGGUGUUUCUUGUGAGCCCCUGGCUCUGCACAAGCAGCCUGGGCAGCCCUGGGGGCUGAGGUGGUUCAGGUGGGCACUGACUCAGCUGUGGCUGAUGCUGCUGGGCCUUGGAGCUCUGGUAAACCUGAGCAGCUGUGCUGGGUGCAAGGAGCCCAAUCCCUGCUGUGUGUUGGUCAGAUACUCACAGGCAGCUCAGCUCCUCCUGUGCCCAGAGCUGAGGUGGUUUUGCUGGCCUGUGUUUCCCUGUGGGAGCAGCAGCCCAGCUCUGGGAUGUGCUGUGUGUUUGGGAAGUCCUUCCCCACAGCCCAGCCCCUCUCUCGUGCCUUUGGCUCUGCUGCUGUUAAAGUGUCACCAUCCCAGCACCAGUUAAAUGGUACAGAGGGGUGGGACACAAGGCCCAGGCUGGGCUGCAGUCAGGGGGGUCACCCUGCACUCUGAGGGGACCAGGAGGGGAAAGGAGUGAGGACAGAGCUGGGCAAACAGCCUGGGCUCUCACAGCACUUUUACUCAUGGGCACUAACACAACUUCACCCCAGAAGUCUUUAAAACAAAUGAACCCCUUUGUAAAAUGAAAGGACUUAAACUAAUUCUACUAAUUCUGUUUAGUUUCUACACCUGCCUUUACAGUCUCUGAUUGGAGUUAGAUCUGUCCCCCUGGAGGUGAUUUCUUGGGAGGAAAACACCCAAAAGGGCACUGGGUGUUGGUGUUGGGGGGUGUGGCUGGUCCCUGUGCCCCACCCUUGCCACAAAUUGCCAAAUGCAGAUGAAACUGGGGCAGAGACCAAAGCCUGUGCCAGCCACCCUAGUGCCAUGCAGGGUGACUUGACCUGGGCCUUCCUGGGCAUCACUCAGUGCUCAAUAUGAGGGUGUUUGAAACUGGAUUUUUGGGGGUGCUGGUGCUGCUCUGAGUGUCAGCGCCCUGGUGUCCCAGGGGCAAUCAUUGCUCAUACUAACAGCUUCCACUUCUUGUUCCCUGUCACAGAUAGACACCCUGAGGGAUUUGCAUUUCACUUCUUGGAAAAUAAAGUGCAAUUAAACCUGUAUUUCUUGCUUGCAA